UCAUCAUCAUCAUCGGAUCGAAGAAAAAGUUCGCGUUUCCAACGAAUUAUCGCGUAAAAUUAUCAAGUUACGGUGAGAUAUUCGACCCAGGAUUAUCGGAAAGUUGUCGCAAGCACACCGGUAGCCACGGGAACAUUGUUUGACCGAAACGGAGACAUAGGCGGUGGAAUUCGAUCACGUUUUCCAUUUUAGUCUCUUGGUUUUGUUUUAUUAGUUUUUCAUUUCUUUUGUUUUGACGUGUAUCUCCGGCCGACGGGCGGAUUUCGGUUGGGGGCCUUUUGUCAGGAAAUUGUCACCACCCCCACCAUAGAGGAAGGAGCAGCACUAGUAGCACCUUUGACCACCAUCACCAGCACCACCACCGUUAUCACAAACAGCAUCUGAAGCAUGGCAAAUAGUCCAAGGGCCGGUGGCGGUGCGCAGCGACCGAAUGGCGCCACUCAGAACAAGAUCUGCCAGUUCAAGCUGGUCCUGUUGGGUGAGUCUGCCGUCGGAAAGUCGUCGUUAGUGUUACGCUUCGUCAAAGGUCAGUUUCAUGAGUACCAGGAGAGUACGAUUGGUGCUGCCUUCCUCACGCAAACAGUAUGCAUCGACGACACGACGGUAAAAUUCGAGAUCUGGGACACUGCUGGACAGGAGAGGUACCACAGUCUCGCCCCAAUGUACUACCGAGGUGCUCAGGCAGCUAUCGUUGUCUACGAUAUUCAAAAUCAGGAUAGUUUUGCACGUGCUAAAACGUGGGUUAAAGAGCUUCAGCGACAGGCAUCGCCGAAUAUUGUGAUUGCACUGGCCGGUAACAAGGCCGAUCUCGCCAACAAGCGCAUGGUUGACUACGAGGAGGCAAAGCAAUACGCGGACGAAAACGGACUGCUAUUCAUGGAGACCUCGGCCAAAACCGCCGUUAAUGUUAAUGACAUCUUUCUUGCAAUAGGUAAAAAAUUGCCUAAAAAUGAAGGUGCUGGACCACAGCAAAACAUAAGACCUACCCAGAACGAACAGAGCCGACAGAAUAGCGGCUGCUGCAGCAAGUGAUGUUAUUCAGCUGUAACCGUUUUGUUAAUUGUAACAAAUAACGAGCAAGGUUUAAGGAAAAUUGUCAUUAUGAUGGUAGGAAGUAAGACCGAUUCCAAACUAGUUAUGCUAUACCAAGAACAACAGUAAACAAAAAUAUUUCAACUAAAACACACAGAAACACAUAGUGAAGCAGUAAAAUCAGUAAAUUAUUUGAAACCCUAAACAACAACCACAACACCCAUAGUAAAUUUGACUAUGCAUUACGAGGAGAAAAUAUACACACAUUCACACUAACAUUUAGACACAGCAACACUGAACAGGUCCGCAGAAUCCACACAUCCUAACCACAUGCAAGAACAUCUUCAAAUUUGUUCAUUGAAGGUGAGCAGCAAAACUAAAAAUCGGAACAACUAUGUGAGUCCAUUUGUUAGUUGUUUAGAACAAAGCAAGACCGGCAAAGUUUAUGAAUAUAACUUUAUUAUUGAGAAUUACAAAGAAAAUAGUGCAACUCAUUAAAAAAGAAAAUCAGUAACAGUAAUAAGCAAAACUACAGAAAACAACCAAUAGCAGACCCUUUUUCGUGUUGCUUUUCUUACAAACCCGUCUUUAUUUCCCAUAUCUUAUGAAUGAGAAAAGUUAUGUUUUUCCCUCCCCCUUUAAUAUAAUGAAAUCUUCGUGGAAAUAUAUUUAUUGCUAAACUACAAACUUUAAAUAUAUAAAUAUAUUUAAUAAAAAAAAAAUACAAUAUCCAUUAGUAACGGCAACCACAAGGCUAGGAAUCGAACUGGAGCGUUGUGUAAAGGACGUGGUAAACAAUUUCCCUCAGUUAGGACACAAUUUAAAUAUUGCGAGCACUUUCAAACGACGAUGCGCGAGCAUAAUUUAUAGGAACGGCGGCAAUGGAAGAAACACUUUUUGUAUCUAGACCUAUUGAAAAGAGAGGAUCCCUGUUUGUUACGAUUGUUUAUUUUUCCCCGUAGAACACUUUUUAUUUUAUUAUUACCCCCAUAUGGAUGAACAGUAAAACAAAUGUAUGCAAUUACGAUAUAUAGUGGAGUACCGUUUAGGACAACUACCUAGAAACCAACAACAACCCAGAGCAGUUGAUUUACAUAAUUAAAUAAAAAAAACAGUACUACUAAGCUAGAUUCCAAUGCUUGUAUUCAGAGCGGAUGGAGACAUCAAAGAUUAUUCGCAUGAGUUCUGUAGCAUUUAAAAGAUAAACAAAACACUCAUCAUGUUUGGCCUUCACAUUUCCGCUGCAAUUUCUUUUAAAUUUUCGAAAAUGAUGACCACUUGUCUAGGUGAAUUGAGAAUUAACAAAAACCCAAACGAUAUCAAAUUUGUGUGAUGAGCGAGUAUAAGCGAGUCGACAAGUGAUUUUUUUUCUAUAUAUGUUUCUGUAAUGACCACAAAAAUAAUUAUGAUCAAAUAUUUAAGAUUUAAAUAUUACAUUUUUGACUUUCUCAAGAACCCUGUCCCCAAUCGAAACAUGCAAAUGGAAGCAAGGAAGUCACAUCCGAUCCGUUUCUGGUAGGUAGUAGCAACGGAAGAGAGGAUAUUUUUCUUCGUUAUUAUUCGCCUACUCUGUGUAGUGAUAAUAAUGUAAAACGGUAAAACAAAAGCAGUGUAAUGCCACACCUAAACAAACAACAGCUGAAGAAAGAGAGAACGAUAAACAGAAAACAAGAUAAAAACAGUUUGAACAUGUAAUAACCGACAUUCCUUUUUUAAAUCGAAUUGAAAUUAGUGAAAUGAAAAAAACAAAAGAGAGAAGAAAAUCGCAACACAAUACAUUGAUGAGGAAUAAUAUAAUUGAGGACACUGUGGAGGUAAAAGUCAAUAAAGGAACAUUUGAACAAGGUAAAUGAAAAUUGUAAGUCCAAA